GGCUAUCUGGGAUUAUGGAAGAAAUUGUCCCCACUGACCUUUAAGUUUCUAAGUGGAUUAUCAAUGAAUUACUCUGGAAUGAGGACUGUUCGACAUAUCGGCUGGUUCCGAUAGCCCCGCUGCCUCCAGGAAGAUUUCCCUGAUUGCUCUGGCCUUCAGGACUCUCCUUGUGCACCUUUAAGACUGCUCCCCAGUUUGUCUAUUCCUCUUUAUGGACUGACAAAGGAGCCUGGCCCAUUAAAUGCUUCAGGAUGGAGGCUAUGCCCAGGACUCGAGGUGGCAGCGUUCUUUUCCAAGGCGGCGUCCGGACAAGGGGUUCCUUUCCGCCCGCCCUCGGGUAUGCCCGGGGAGAAACCACGGCAUCUGUGCAAAGGUCCUGACAUCUGGACGUCGGGCGGAAGAUUUGCAACCCCACCCCUACCUGGCUGCCAGCUGCAGACGCCUCCAAGAUGCCUGCCCCUUGGUUGCUGUUCACCAUGGCUUUGACUCUGACCCUGACCGACGUCCCUGGCGGUUGCGCACAGCCCGAGGUUGCCCAGCAGGAGGCGGCGAUGGCAGCCAAGCACCCGGGCCUGGGAGACCUCCUGCAUCAGGUGGAGCGCCUCUCACUCCUCGGGGAAGAUCUCCAGCGGCUGCGAGGGAAGCAGGGAGAUCGGGAAUCUGAGUCCCAGAUCUUUCAACCUGACUGGCUCUCUAAGCGUCAGCAUCCAGGCAAAAGGGAGGAGGAGGCAGAAGAGGAAGUUGAAGAAGAGGAGGAAGAAGGAGGGGCUGUGGGACCCCACAAACGGCAGCACCCAGGUCGUCGGGAGGAUGCACCUGUGUGGUCAGUCGAUGUGACCCAGCAGAAGCGGCAGCACCCUGGCCGGCGCUCCUCCUGGCUUGGGUACACUUUCACCAAGAGGCAGCACCCAGGCAGACGGCUGGUGGAUCCCAAGACCCAAAGGAGCUGGGAGGAGGAGGAGGAGGGAGAGGAGGAGGACGAAGGAGAGCUGAUGCCUGAGAAACGCCAGCACCCUGGCAAGAGGGCCCUGGGAGGCCCAUGUGGGCUCCAGGGAGACUGUGGUCAAGCCAGCGUCCUGCUGGGGCUCCUGGAUGACCUGAGCAGGAGCCAGGGGACUGAGAAGCGGCAGCAUCCUGGGCGACGGGCCGCCUGGGCCAGGGAGCCGCUGGAGGAGUGAGCCCAGUUUCCUGUAAAGUCGAGUUUGGGGUCUAUACAUGUCUUGAGGCUUGUGUGUCCUACCGCUUUCUGACCCCCUCUUUCUCUCUUCCUUAGACCUCUGAUCAUAAAGCUGAGACCCCCCCCCCUAUAUGCACACACCAAAACCCCUGGCCUUGCCCUACUCCUUCAGGGA